AGAAGCCGCUGUGAGGCGAGAAACGGGCGCCUGGAUGGCUGCUUUGCGGGAUGGGGGUUGGAGGCUGUGAGGGCCGAGUCUGAAUGUAGGUUGUGGCUACCUAGGUUCAGGGCAUACCGGCGAGGAGAUUGUGUUUAGGGGCGCCCAGGUUCCCUUCUGAAAAGUAUCUGUCAUGUGGAGAAUUCUUGUGGCCAACGUGCUCCUCUUCCUCCGGCAUCCAGUGUUUGUGGUCUUGGCCUCAGAUUGCCAGUGGAUGGCUGUAGUCAACAGGUUUAAUAACCUCGGAGGCGACCGGAACAUAUUUUCUUAUCAGCAUGAAUUUAAGAAAGUAAACGACGUCUUCAAGGAAUUGGUGGAUUCCGCCAUAGAUGCCGAUGAUAAACAUGCAAAAUACCUGGGCUUUCCAUAUUACUUGAAAAUUAAUCUGACCUGCAGUACAUUGGACUCUGAAAUGGCACUUCGAACAGCUCACUACACUGGACUGAGACCAGUUGUGACUGUCACUUUUGAAGAACCUGUCCACUCUGUGCGUCGGAAACAAGAACAAUUGCAGAUUAAAAUGACGGCAGCUCCAUUCAGGAUGAGAGGUUGUGACAGCGAAGAGGUUUGCAGGAUGUGUUGGUUCACACCGAUGCCCUUCAUGAAUGGCAGUGUAGUCAUGGAUGUGAUUGUGGCCAGCAAUCACCUUGGAAUCCCUGUCGACGAUAAGAGGUUCUCUAUCAAUAUCAAUGGAUACAUGAAAAAAAACAGAGUUAGCUUCAAGAUUGGACUAAAGCUGACUGCUUUGAAUGCCUUCAUGUCUCUGAAACAUCGGUCGCGUCCCUUGUGGCACACGCACAUACAAGCUCCUGUGCUCAUCCUUGGUGACAUCCCCAGGAGCAAGGUCGUCCUCCUUUCAGACACGGGGUAUGACGAUUACUUUCCAAUAGAGGUGGGCAUUGACAGUUGCUGGAUUGGCACCAUGUCAUGCCGAUAUUCGGGUUUCUCCAGUACUGUUCGUGAUAGCAUUUCAACAGAAAGCACUCUUUUCAUCCGGCAGAACCAGCUGGUCUAUUACUUUGUGGGGCAUUACCCCAUUUUGCACAUGAGAGGCCCAGGUUCAAAACUGUGGACACGUAUAAUGAACGAUGUCUGCGUGAAGAGAUUAAACCCCGUGUUUUUCUCUGGCAAUAACAGUGAAUACGUGAUUGUUCUUGGCGAGGGCGCGAACAUGGGAGAUUUCUUUCUGAUCACGAUACAAGAUGGGAUUGUGAAUUCCAGUGGCUCUAUGAGGGUUGGUGAGCAGACAGUGUGCCAAUUUCUGCAAUAUACUUGUGACAUUACUUGGGUUAUCUUCUCUACAAGUGAAAACAAGUUCUUUCUGCUAGUGAAAGAAGAUGGAACAAAUUACCACAGUCUUUUGGAAUUCCAGAAAGAUACGUAUUAUAAGCUUAUUUAUGACAUCCCCAGACAAGUACCCAGAGCUGCCUCCGAUGGAGGUUUCGUGCUGUUACUAGGGAACGAGAAUUAUACAAAUCGAACCCUCAUCUCAAGAGGUUUGGCUUUAAACCCCUUCAGUAAGAUAUUCUACAUCUGGGGGAAUGUUAUCUUGCAAAGCAAUGACAUGGCAAGUUACAUUUAUUUGUCCAACUUUCCGGGAGACUCCGCCAUCAAAUAUUUUGUUAUGUCCUUUACUGGGCACAUUGCUUUUGUUACGGAUACAGAUGAGGUCUGGGUUAUGAAAGAGGGCAGCACAGAGAUCAAAAAAGCGUAUCCGUCAAAAGCCUGGUCCAUGUACAAUACCCUGCAAGUGAUGGAAGGCUCACCAGAUUAUGAAUUGAAAGCCAAUCAUUCUCUAGUCAGUGUUUUCUUUGACAAGGAUGGGAUGCAAGAGUUGAUUUAUAGAGAGGAUCCUGGAACCACUGGAAGGAUAAUCAAGAGAAAAUUCCCUUUGGAUCAUAUCCUGACCUAUGAUCAGAUGAUCAGCACUCCUCACAAAGGGAUGACACACAAUGGCAUAGACUACAUCAGAUUCACCCACCGUUGCCCAUUUGCCGUGCUCCGCUUUGUGGACUUGCCAUUCCCACAGCGCUUUACUCGGAUGGAGCACUAUCGUGCCAAUCCACCGGAAGUCAUGGAAAAAACAAACUUCCAUGACGUGAAGGCACUGAUUGUGUACCAAGGUCUGGUCUACCAGCUGCUCCAUCUGCACUCAGCUUACCACAGAUCUUAUGCUGACCCAGUCCAUGACCCCACGUGGCGCUGGUGGAAGAACAAGAAGCAAGACGCAGAAUACUACUACUACUUGGCCAGCAACGGGAGAUCUUCUGGAGGCAUGUAUGUUGACAUGGCCAACUAUGUGAAGAUAUACAAUCUCAGACCCAAUAAUGUAUUGCCGAAAACCAUCUACUUGGACAAGAAGCAGACCUUCUUCUUCUCUGUGUACUUGAGCAUCCGGACGACCAAACAGAGCAUGGGGGAAACGGCGGAAGAGAAUUCUCUCAACUACAUGUGGCUCACCAUACUUUUAGCCCAUCCGGAAUAUAUUCGUGCGGAUCUAGAGAGACACGAACUCAUCAGCAGGGGCUCCGUCCUCUAUAAGGUGAUAAUCACAGACAGUGGCAAGUAUCCUAGGCAGCAGCUCAGUGGGAAAGAGUUGUUGAAGAGCUCUGCUAACUUAAAGGUUGCACACUCAGGGAUGAACUGCUAUGAUUACACAGAUGAAGGACCACACACAAAGGGCAGUGAUACAAUCGGCAUCAAUAUUGGAUGUCCUCCAGGCAGAAGGUUGGCUUUUGACAUCACUUACACCAAGAAUUACACUGGCGAAAAGAACAAGCGCUACUUCGACUGCGUGGAACCGGACCCCGAGAUGCCCUGCUUCUACUACAAUGAUGUGUUUUACCCUUUCUUCUUGAUCCAAGACAUGGUGACAGGGCACUCGGGGCGUUUCAAUGGAAGCUAUAUCUUCAGCAUCAUUGGUGGGGGAGCUUUUUCAGUAGAUAACAUCAGAUACUUCAACACAGAGGAGAUUUUGCAAUACAACACUAUGAACGGCAGAGAAACAUACAGUCUCAUCUGGCUUAGGGCCGAUGGUGAAGAAAACAUGACCAGUGCUGAAGGUUUCCAUGUCCUCUCUCAAGCCAGCUCUGGGAUACUGUGGGUUUGCCAGCAAAACUCUCCCUGUUAUGACAUUAUUCCCACUAGUACCUUUACUCCGGAUUUCUUUUUUGUGCUGAAGGUAUCAAACAGGGGAGUGGACCAAACCACUUACUGCGACUACGCCUUGGAGUUCAUUGUCCACAUCCACGGCCUGCCCCUUAGCCAUACCAGGGCUCUCUAUCUAUUGAAGAUGUCGAUGGCUGCCAUCCUUUCUCUCCUUGUGCUAUACGUAGUGACACUUUCCGUGGGUCCCAAGGCCAAGGUCAUAAUUGGCAGAUUCUUCCGGACGCUGGAACAAGCUAUUGUUUUCCGGGCAGCAUCCAGCCUCACCUUCAAUUCAUCGUUCACCAGCCAGACAUCCCUGCAACAUGCUACUUCUGAAAUCACGCGAAGCCAUUUGGCACACAAAUCGGAUGUGCCGGGAAUCUUGGAUACGCAGUAAUGCCCACCAGUUUGCUUCCUCCCUUCCCCUGACUAUGAUGCGAAGGGCUCCUCUUUGCCUUUCCUGAUGCGGAGUAUGAUCCAGAAUGAACUCAGCAGCUGCCGGUGUCAACAUAGCAAGUUGUGGCGACUCAGUGACUUGGGCCAAAAGGAAUUGGAAGCACAUGUGUAUCUUUGUUUUUUUAUUAUUAAUUUCCUGUUUCUCUUACAUUUGUUGGGCCCAUGGGCACUGUCUAAUUGCAUGGGCCUUUUAUUUUUUUUGCCUUCUGUUUUCUCUUACCUGACACAGAAUUAUCCAGGAUGGUUUGAAUGAAAUUUUUUUAAAGGAGUCUGUUAUGUCCACCUCAGAAAGUGGGAUCAGUGAGUUUCUACUCCUGAACUAGUUUCAUUUUAAAAAACUGUAUAGGCUGUGACUGAAAGGCGAGUAUUCACACCUUUCCCCGGCUGCAGGUUUGCAGGUUUGUUUUUGCCAGUAUUCUUUUAAACUAUACGUUCCUCUCCAUUUGUUAUUAGUUUUUUGCCCGUCAUUUCAGAAAGAUGUCUAAUUUAAUAAAAACAUAAGUUAUUGUGGAA